AUGGAUCAGGGUCGAUUUCCAGCAGUCCAGGUGGUCAUUGGUAGCCUGGGGCAGUCUCAGAAUCACUUUCAUGGCGGCGCUUCAGAUGGGACGGCCAACGGCGUCUCUAACGGGAUGCCCCGACCUGUGACACGCCCGCUACUGGUAGAUGAAGCCUUGCAAUUCUCGCCCAUGAGCACCGCGCCGGUGUUUGGCUUAGAUUCAAUAACUCGCCCUGAUGUCACCGGCCAAUCGUCGACUACCCUGCCCGCAUACUCGCGAACGGUCGCUCGUAAAUUGAUACAAGAUUUGGACACGGAGGUUAGGGCAGGAACUGAAAAGUCUCCCCGAUUCAUGGCAGUUUAUGGAAAGCUUCUGAACCAACAUUUAAGUUCAGAUAGGCCGUCAGAGUUCAAAUUCCGGUUCCCAGCAGGCUUAGACCAGGUCAAGAAGUCAGCUCAACGUGAUGGUCGAUUAGGACUCACUAGCGGAUUAAGCCCGUUUGCGAGGAUGGUCUUGGACGGAAGUGACAUUGCAUUCAACCACCCGGAAGCCAAGUUGCCGCCAUCAAGUACAAAGACUCCAGGAAAAUUUCUGCAACCUGCUGUCGUUAUUCCGCCUUUCGUUUCUCCAGGGGCCUCUCACUCAGUCGUUGACCAGGGUGCUGCUAAGAAGCGAAAACUGAAUGUGGAGGUAGAGAGCUAUGCUUCCAGUCUAGGGCUCAAGGAUCAAAAGGAAGAAGCAGAUGUGGCUCUCUUGAAGCUACAGGAUUUCAUGCUCGAGAUCUUUGAAGCAGAAGACCAACUCGAACCAGAUACUUCAUCAGCAACCCUGACCCAAAAUCCAGGAUCCAUGUUCAGGGCCGCUAACGUUUUGGAGAUCCGCGGGCCCAUUCUCGGUCCGGAGAGCCAUAGUCGACUUCAGAAGUCUUUACAGAAAGUUGCUAGCUUUGGACGAUUGCACGAUAUCCCCUCUGAAUAUCUUACCCGACUUCAGAAGAUCUGUGAGAGUCCCAUAGCGGCCGCACAAGGCCUGGACUUACGACUCGGCGAUCCUUUGUAUGACUCAGACACUCAGCUAUGGCUUCAGAAAUUGGAGGACAUACACAACACGCUUCUUGCCAUUGGCACACUACUGCAAACCAUGUCUGGGCGACAAUCCGAGCGAGACCUAUGCCCUGAGGACCUGUUGCAAGCAAUACCGAAUGUCUUGACGAUUUUGUUUGACCACUGCAUCAUACCAUCAGUGGAGGUUCGCCCUGUCGAUGAAGGAAAGAGGCUUUUUGAACUUGUCUCUCGAGAGAAGAAGAUCUUUAGUACCUUGCUUCAUCAGGCUAGAAAGCUGAUGAAUCUCUUGGCGAACUUCCUCUCACGGAUCGACGUCUCUGAGAGCGUUAUCACGUCUACUGAGUUCUUGGCAACAAAACUGAUAUUUGUCGAGAACGCGCACAACGACAAAGACUCAGCGGUCGGGUUCCAGAAGUUCGAACUCGUGCGCCGCGCAGCGAUGGAUGUCCUCGCUAAAGUAUUUUCACGUUAUCCUGCUCAACGCCCCUUCAUUCUCGAUGAGAUCUUGGUGUCACUGGAGAAGCUGCCAUCGACUCGUCAAAACGCUCGGCAAUUCAAAUUGAUAGAUGGCAAAGCUAUUCAGCUAUUAACAGCUCUUGUCAUUCAGCUCGUGCAAACUACAGCUCUGGACAUCCCUCACACUAAGAAAUCUCGGGCUCGACGUAAUCACCUUGCAAGUAAUGAUGCCAAUGAGGAUGAAGAUGACAUGGAUGUCAAGAAUGAAGACGAAGACAGCGAUUGUGACGAUGAAGUUUCUUUUAAAUUAUCCUUGGAACGCCUGACAAAUCGAGUGAACAAACUUUACGACAACGCUGUCCGCAGCGCUCAGUAUAUCAUCAAGUUCAUCGUUCAACGGGCAAUGACAUCAACAAAAACCGGCGAUCAACCUUAUCGAAACAUAUUGGACCUUUUCACGGAGGACUUGAUCAAUAUACUGGGCUCGACCGAUUGGCCAGCUGCUGAAUUACUGCUUCGCAUCCUUGCAUCCCACAUGAUAGGCAUAGCUGAGCUUGACAAGAGUUCCUCGACUGCCAAAAACAUGGCUCUUGAAUUGCUCGGGUGGAUGGGAUCCGGCAUUUCUGAUCUUACAGCAGCUGCCCACCACCUGAACACUUCCAUGGAGGACGGAGAUAACAAAAUAACUCGAUACCUGCGGCAACUCUAUGACGAUCACAUAAGUCAUGCUCUUCAUAUACAGGAUUUGAUUCCGUCGAAUGGUCCCUACCGUAUCACAUUGGAGUACCUUCAGGAUAGAGAUCUUGAUAAUUGGCAGCUUACCAGUGCUCGAGGAUACUACAUCGUCCAGUGGGCCAAAACCGUCUCAUCCACAUACUAUGACUCGGAAGACAAAGAUCUGGUUAUUCCAAAGGACAAGGGUGUCGAUGAGCUGUUGUCUAUCUUCCCAAAGCUGUUGUCAGACCCCAAGUGGCUUGAAACAAACAACAACUAUGACAAGAUUUCCACAGCUCACGGCAAAUUUGCCUACAUUCUGACGGUUCUGAACAUGGGUUUCUCAAAAGCAUUUGAUACAAUCUUCAAGGUUCUUCUGAACUCCAUAACAAGUGACCAGGCUAAAGUCCGAAGCCGUAGCUUGAAAAGUGUCAUCACUAUGCUCGAGAAAGACCCAAGUCUACUCGAUCGUGACUCGUCAGUCAUGCGUGUGGUGCUAAGAUGCGCCACAGAUGCUUCGCCCAUGGUUCGCGACUCGGCACUCUCUCUAAUAGCCAAGUGUAUCGGACUCAAGCCAGCCCUUGAAGAAGAAGGCUGCCGAGCUAUUCUCGCUUGCGCUGCUGAUGCUACAGCCGGAGUGCGGAAGCGUUGCAUAUCGUUAUUGAAAGACAUAUAUUUCAAUACCACGCGCAAGGACCUCAGGCUUGCCAUACUUGAUAGUUUGCUACAAAGAACGAGCGAUUUCGAGGAGCCCGUGGCCGUUCAGGCUCGGCAGACAAUUGAAGAGAUCUGGUUCACACCAUUCGUCGCAUCUAUCAACAAUCUGCAUGACGCUCCCAAAUCUAAAGUUGCACUCGCGGAACAGACUUCUCUUGUCAUCAACCUGGUACAGCGCAGUGAAACUGCGGCAGAUAGCUUAGGCUCGUUUGUGAAAAAGGUUGUUGCUGGAGAUCCCAAAGCGACUAGUCAGAAUUUCAAGGUCUGUAAAGCGAUGGUAGCGAACAUGUUCGAGCACCUAAUUGACGGCCCUGGCUCAUCCGAAAAGCAAGAUCAUCAAGCACUUCUGCAAACGAUUACAAUAUUUGCAAAGUCCAGCGCUAAGCUUUUUAAUUCCGAGCAGCUUCAAGCACUUCACCCAUACAUUGGGCACCUUGUCACAGCGGACGACCUCUUCAUCUUUCGUUCAGUGGUUGUCAUCUACCGUUGUGUUCUUCCUUAUAUUUCCUCGUCGCAUAACACUUUUCUCAAAGAUGUACAAAAUGACCUCUUUAAAAGUGUGGCAAAACUUGCUAGGUCUGAACUGAACGAAGUGAUGGCGUGUCUUUGGACCAUCAACGGAGUUCUUCAAAACACCGACAGACUGGUGAAGCUUACGAUAUCUGUGUUGAAGGGCAUCGGUCAAGCAAAGGGUGUCGAUCUUACGGACAGCAGUAAGGCCGACUUACUCAAUCGAGCUCGUAGCUACAUUCGCAUUGCUGGUUGUGUAGGACGGCAUUGCGAUCUUGAAAAAUUCGAACCUCAUUUUAAGAAAGCCUUUCCCACGUGGAAGGGAAGCACGGUGGCCAGUCUUCUUGUUGAUUUUAUCCUGCCCUUUGUGCAGCAAGAUCAACCACUUGAACUGAGAACAAUGGCACUUGAGAGUCUAGGCUCGAUUUGUCAAUCUUGGCCGGCGCAAUUCAGUAGGGAAGCGCCUAGGAAAGCGAUAUCGGCUAUUUUCAAGGAGGAUAAUGCUAGUCUUCACAACAUCAUUCUUCGAGCUUUUUCUGAGUUCUUCGCGAUCCAUGAAGGCAAACAAGAGAAGCUUGUUCAACCACAGAUUGAUUCUACUGACCCAGAGGCUACAACAAGACUGGGUGGAUCGUUGAAGGCUAGUGACAAUGACGGAGCAGCAGCACUGAUAGCCCAGCACUUUCUACAUGACAUGCUUCGAAUUGCUCACUCUAGUCAGGACGCUUACGCACUGACGGCCAUCGAACUGAUAUCAAGCAUCAAUCGGCAAGGGCUUGUGCAUCCCAAGGAGUGUGCUGGCGUCCUCGUCUCGCUAGAGACAUCAACCAUUCCCGCCAUUGCGAAGAUAGCGUACGAUACUCACCGAAUGCUCCACCUACAGUAUGAAUCUAUGUUCGAACGCGAGUAUAUGCGAGCCAUUCAAGAUGCUUUUGUCUAUCAGCGGGACAUCGUCGGUGAUUCCAACGGAGCAACGCCUCGUCCGUACGCCGCAAAGCUCGCCCCGCUCUUCGACAUAAUCAAAAUCAGUAACAGCAAGUAUCAGAAGAAAUUUCUCGCUAAUCUUUGCGCGAAAGUGAAGUUCGAAUUGAAGAGUCUCGAUGUUACAGGCAACCCCCCCGAGCAUCUUCUCUUGGCAAGAUUCAUUUGUCAGAAUCUUGCAUUCUUUGAAUACGCGCAAUUGGCCGAAUUGAUACCCACUGUGACUUGCAUGGAGAGAAUUGUUUCAUCCACAGGUACCAUCGUUGCACAUUCUAUCGAGACAGAAGUUUUCCCUCCACAGCUGGACGUGCCCUCCGCGCAACCUAUGGCGCAGCCCGCAAUGCAGGGUUUCCCCGAUCACGUCAUGACUAAGCCCGAAGUACAAGCCGCUCCUCAACAUAUGGUUAAACCCUAUCUCUUGCGCCAACUUGCAACUGCUGCUGCCGUCUUAUCUAUGCUUUGGGAGACAAGGACUCAUUUGCGCAGACAGUACGGUAUCACCCAUGGCUUGCGACACAGUGAGAAUAAAGCGAACAUCAAAGAGCUCAAUAAAGCUCCUACAAAGGUGCAUGGCAUCACUGGGGAUCGCUACUGGGACGCUAUAUCCGGCAACAUGGCUUGUCUUGACAGCGAGGAAAAUAUGCUGCAGCAAUGUCGAACCUUUGCUACUCUCCUUUCUAUCGACGAUGAGCUGAAGGUUCCCAACGGCGAGGACGAGGACGCGGAUCUUGACGAUUUGGAUGCACCUGGUGAGGAUGACCCCGAGGCAGUCAAUGGUAGCAAACCGAUGAAGCGGAAGAGCUCUGCUAAUGGCGGCACGCCUACCAAACGACCGAGGGGUCGACCGCCUGGUAUCGUAUCUCCUCACCGCGCAAAUGCAGACGGCCCUGACGAGGCGCCUAGUCCACGGCGCUUCAUCCUCGCUGUUACUACGCCCCUCGACCAGAUUCCCACCCCAUCAGCUCAUAAGAAAUACUACGCGCCGACCCAUAUCCUUCCGACAUUAUCAGGAUUAAAAGCUUUCAUAUGGCGGUAUCCGGUGCUUCGAUUUCUGUACCACGGCUUCGCAUACUUGGGGUUCUUGAUGAUCGGUGGUGGAGCGGUGGUUGGGAGCAUUUUCCUCUAUGAUUACACUACCUACAGCGAAGACCCUAGCAUGGAGGAUAUACCUGUGUCGGAAUUGGCGCUGAGACCGAAACGUGGAGGACCGAAGAAUCUACCUAUCGCAGAAGUCCUGGUAGACGACGAAGACAGUGAAGCUAUGCAGGCGCAGCGCGAUAAGCCCAAGCUGGUCAUCCUGGGUACUGGUUGGGGAAGCGUUGCGCUGCUCAAGACGCUGAAUCCUGGUGAUUACCAUGUCACGGUUGUGUCGCCUGUCAACUACUUCCUGUUUACGCCCAUGUUACCGUCAGCAACCGUUGGUACUUUGAGCUUGAAAUCGCUUGUGGAACCGGUGCGCCGCAUUGUUCAUCGUCUUCGCGGCCAUUUCUUGAAGGCGGAGGCGGAGGAUGUUGAUUUUUCGUCUAAAUUGGUAGAGGUAUCUCAGGUAGAUGCGAACGGGAAAAGACAGCAUUUCUACCUUCCGUAUGACAAGCUUGUCAUUGCUGUUGGCUCUACUACGAACCCACACGGUGUCAAGGGUCUAGAAAACUGCCACAUGCUCAAAUCCAUCGAUGACGCACGGAAGAUUAAGAAUAGAGUUACGGAUAACAUGGAGCUCGCAUGCCUUCCAACUACAUCGGACGAAGAGCGAAAAAGACUGCUUUCAUUCGUAAUCUGCGGUGGUGGACCAACCGGUGUAGAGUUCGCUGCGGAGCUCUACGAUUUGCUUAAUGAGGAUUUGAGAAAGAACUUUCCCAAGAUUCUUCGAAACGAAAUCUCUGUCCAUGUUAUUCAGAGUCGAAGCCACAUUCUGAAUACCUAUGAUGAGGCUCUUUCGAAAUAUGCUGAGUCACGAUUCGCACAUGACUCUGUCGAGGUCUUGACCAACUCUAGAGUCAAGGAAGUGCGUCCGGACAAGAUCCUCUUCACACAACAGGAAGACGGCAAGACUGUGACAAAGGAGAUUCCCAUGGGAUUCUGCUUGUGGUCUACUGGAGUGUCACAAACCACAUUUGCUCAAAAGCUUGCCAAGAAACUGGAAGCGCAAAACAACAAACAUGCCCUCGAGACUGACACUCAUCUGCGACUGAUCGGAGCACCCCUGGGCGACGUAUACGCCAUUGGCGACUGCGCAACAGUCCAAAACAACGUCGCCGACCACAUGGUCACUUUCCUUCGAACCAUUGCCUGGGAAAAGGGCAAAGACCCUCAAAAAGUCCACCUCACCUUCAGCGAAUGGCGUGACGUCGCAGAACGCGUCAAAAAGCGAUUCCCUCAAGCCGCGAACCAUCUCCGCCGCGUUGAUAGACUCUUCCAGGAAUACGACCGCGACCACUCGGGAACCCUAGACUUUGACGAACUACACGAAUUACUCAUGCAAAUCGACUCGAAACUUMCCUCCUUMCCCGCCACAGCCCAACGCGCCAAUCAACAAGGCGAAUACCUCGGUCGGAAAUUCAACCACAUCGCCAAAGCCCUGCCAGGUAUGCGCGCCAAUGAAGUUGACUACGGCGACUUGGACGAGGCAGUAUACAAAGCAUUCAGCUACAAACAUCUAGGAAGUCUGGCAUACAUUGGCAAUGCAGCGAUCUUUGAUUUCAAUGGCUUGAAUUUUGGUGGUGGUCUGUUGGCCGUGUAUUUGUGGAGAAGUAUCUACUUUUCGCAGAGUGUUAGUUUGCGGACUCGUGCGUUAUUGGCGAUGGAUUGGACGAAGAGGGCGUUUUUCGGUAGAGAUAUUAUGAGCUUCUAG